GAAAAGUGUAUUGAAGAUGCUUUACACACCCAAAAACAACACACACGCACACCUUGGGUACGUGAUCAGGCCUGGGAAGAGGAGCAGGGGGUAGGAACUGGACUUCGAACUACAUAAAGCAUCCAGCCCCAUCCUGUGUAUUCGUGAGACAAACUCCGAUCGCCACUGUCCAUCUACCAUGGGGGAGAGCAUGAGUAAACCCUCCGUUGCGUCCUUUCAGGACGUUGCCUUCUUCACCGCUUUCAAGCCCUACAACCUUCCUCCCACCAAUAACAACACACCCCCUCGACCCAGCAUCUUCUCCACGCUGAGACGGCCUCCGGUCGCCAAGCCCAAUGAGUUCAUUCCUCUCUUCAGUGACUGCAUCGCUGCUGCCUCAUCCCGAACUCAAGAGUACCUCCUCUUCAAAGACCCCGAAGACAAGUUCCACCCCAGCCCAGAGGCCCUCACUCAGAUCUUCCUAAUGACGUACAUCUCCCAGAGCGUCAACCUCAACUUGACAGACAUCUUUAACUGCACGGCCAUGACCCCUGAGCAACGCAUCCUGCUGGGGGCCGACUGGGUGUGGGCUGUGUUGGAGAAGUCCACCAAGAACCCUCGGAUCCAGAUCGCCGUGCAAGUACGCCACCUGUCUGACAAGGAGGGCGGCGAAGAGGACGCCGCUCUCCCGGAGACAUGCAGCGAAACUGUCCAAAUGGCCCAAAGGGAGUUCAGCGACAGGAACAUGUAUGAGAGGAUGGUGGACUUCUGCACCUCCGUCGGCAAGGACUGCUACGCUCUGUUCUUGUUUUUAGGGAGGAAAAACGACAAAAGCAAUAUCUACGGCGUACUCAGCAACAACUUUGAGGCGGCCAUUGGGAAGUGCAACAAGAUCGACAGAGCUCUACUCGAGAACUUCUUCAAGGGAUCACGGUACCUGCACACACCGUCUGGAAUGAUGCAGGCCGUCGUCACCAGGACUGAGGGUGACCCUCUCACCCUCAUGAUUAAAUUCAGCUGAUCCCAAGAUCUUACAUUAAAUAUCAUAUUCUCAUAAGCAAUUCUUAGGAUGUUUAACAGUGAUUCUAAAGAGUGCUGAGUACUAAGUCAAACACUCCAUUCUCUAGUCAACCGAUUUGUUCUAAUUUCAACGCAAUUCCCCGAUUAUAAGUGAUAUAAUUAUUUCUAGCAUCAAACUGUCACCAUUAUAAAACCUUAAAUUAACUUACUGCAGGCAAUGUUAGGCUUUCCAAGGAUAUACACUUCUAUGUCUUUCUGUGACUCUUCCGGUCUCAGUUGCAACUGAGCCAUUGUAAGGCUUGAAACAGAAUGUUCGCAGAAGGAGGUGACUGCUGAUUUUAGAGUGUCAUCAGCAGGUUGCAACUGAGAUUACAGACUGUAAGAGUCACAGAACGGCGCAGAAGUGGACUGUGGUCGAUUCAUGGACCAAAAUCCUGUUGUGUAUUUUGCCAAGUCAGUUUCUUGUUAGAGAACAGAAAGUUGUGCAAAAAGUAAGGAAACACUGAUCAAAUGGAUGUGCAUUCUAAAGUUCAGAGAUCAAAUUAAAUUCACUUGUAAAGGUUAUAGUGCAUUUUCGGUUCAUCCUAAAACGUCACACGAAAGCCGAAUAUCCCGAACGUUUUGUGAGUGGUGUCUGACUUUACAGAUUCUUUCAUCAUUAAUCCUGGCUUAUUGUUGAGUAAGGAUGGAUGGAUAUUUGACUAAAUUUCCUUAAUUGACUUAAAAAAUCAUUGGAAUUACAGUACAACCCUUUUCUUACAUGGGGCCUCCAUUUCCAGUUCUCCUUUGCUGUUAUUGUGCUGUAAUAUCACUCACACACACACACACACACACACACAAACGCAACAAAUUCUGUCUCUAAAGUGUCCUGGCAUGAAGUCUUGGAAGAUUUGCUGAUGUGACGUCACACAUUAAAGGUGCUUUGACCUCCAA